CAUCCAUCUCUUUCAGGACAUGGAGGUGUGAAUCAGUUAGGGGGAGUGUUCGUGAAUGGCAGGCCCCUCCCAGAUGUGGUGCGAACGCGAAUCGUAGAGCUGGCUCACCAAGGGGUCCGCCCCUGUGAUAUCUCCCGACAGCUCCGGGUCAGCCACGGAUGUGUCAGCAAAAUACUGGGGAGGUACUACGAGACAGGAAGUAUUCGUCCCGGUGUGAUUGGAGGAUCCAAACCAAAGGUUGCUACACCCAAAGUGGUGGAUAAGAUCGCCGACUACAAACGCCAAAACCCUACCAUGUUCGCCUGGGAGAUACGAGACAGACUAUUGGCUGAGAGAGUGUGUGACAACGAUAGUGUUCCCAGUGUCAGCUCGAUCAACAGGAUCAUCAGGACUAAAGUCCAGCAGCCUCCGGGUCAGUCAGGACCUCUCUCUGCUCACAACCUAGCGUCGUCAGUGGCGUCGACACAGGUUUCCGCGGUGACCAGUGACUCGGCUGGCUCCUCCUACUCCAUCAGCGGCAUUCUGGGAAUCAGCUCAGCUAACGAUGGGAAGCGGAAGAGAGACGACGCCCUCCAGGAGUCUCCUCUAGCCAAUGGUCAUGGUCCAGGUGGGAGGGAUUUCCUGAGGAAGCAGAUGAGAGGGGAUCUCUUCUCGCCGCAGCAGAUAGAGACAUCAGAAUAUUCGGCCAUGGCUCUAGCCGGUGGAUUGGAGGAGAUGAAAAGCAAUCUGGCCAAUCCAGGGUCAGCGGGGGAGCUAGGAGCCAGUGUUCCGGGCCCACAGUCCUAUCCACUGCCAGGUCGAGACCUCUCCAGUACCACGCUCCCCGGCUACCCCCCACGUCCCCCAACAGGCCAGGGCAGCUACUCCACCUCCUCGCUGACUGGUAUGGUACCUGGUGAGUAAACACACUGACACGUGGGGACAACCUGGAGUCUAUU